AUGACAAACUACGGGGUGUGUGUGGCGCGUGUACGGGGGCUGUGCGCUGGCGUAUGGAGGCGUGGGGGUGGCUGUGGUGCCAGGAGGCCGUACGGCACUGGCGGUUGGGGCCUGGCUGAGGCGCAAGAGAAAAAAAAAAACAACAACGUGUUUGUUGCAAUGGAUACGUUGGGACUUCUUAGAAUUAGGGUCCGAAGAGGCUACAAUCUUAUUGUUCGUGAUAAGAUAGCGUCUAGCAGUGAUCCUUAUGUUGUCAUCACCACCACUCAACAGAAAGUGAAAACAAACGUGGUGAAAAAAAACUGCAAUCCCGAGUGGUGUGAUGAAGUGAGCCUUUCAAUCAAAGAUCUUAAUGAUUCAAUCGAGUUAACGGUGUACGACAAAGACACGUUGGGUGCGGAUGAUCCUAUGGGAACUGCAGAGAUUGACUUAAAACCAUACCUAGAAGCGGCGAGGUUGAGGAAAGAGUUGCAAGAACUCCCAAAUGGCUGUGCACUCAAGAAAGUACAGCCAAGCGGGACAAAUGACCUCGCUGAUGAGAGCCGCAUUCUUUGGGAAAAUGGCAGGAUCACCCAAGAUAUGCGUCUCAAACUCAGGAAUGUUGAAAGUGGGGAAGUUUUAAUCCAAAUAGAGUGGGUUGAUAUCCCUGGCUGCAAGGGUUUGGAUCCUGAUUUCUGAACUAUAUGUAUGGCUUCAACUAUAUUUAUUCUCUCUACUUUUAACUCUUUUCGUAUACCUCAUCGGGGAAUCAUCAGUUUUCUUUUUUUAUCGUAAUUUGAAAACCAAACUGUAAUUCAACUCCUAUGUUAUAAUGCAGAAUAACAUAAACUUAAUAGAUGGUUUUGAUU